AUGGAUAAAUUGUAUAAUUCUUUGGCUCCAAAAUUCAAAGGGAUAGCAAACUCCUACAAAAGCUUGGCCUCUCAGACCAAACAAAUUGCUUCAAAUACAAUAGAUAAAUUAAGCAAACAAGCAAUUUAAGGAGACAUCGUGGCAAUAAGCAAUAGAUUAUUUUGGAUGGAGUAUCCAUCCAAUGAUAAAAUAGAAAAAUUAUCGAGUUAUUUAAACACUAACCAUCAGAAUCAUUACUAUAUUUGGAAUGUUGGAGAAAGAGAGUUUACGACAGAAUGGUUUUGCAAUUAAGUUGCCAAUCAUUCACAUCCAGGAUAUCCAUGUCCACCAUUGAUCGAGCUCUUGAUGAUUUGCAAAAACAUAAUCUAUUUUCUAAGUAGUGAUAGGAACAAUAUUGCAAUUGUGUGUUGCCAAGAAACAAGGGGUAGAAGUAUCAUGGUAAUAUCAUCAUUGUUGGCUAUUAUGGGUGCUGGCUAUCCAGGCGAAUGUUUAUUAAGAGUAUGUGAAAAAACAAACACCAAAGACUUUUAGGCCUUGUUUCCAUCUUAACAUUAAUAUAUUACGUAUGUUGGGAAUGUUUUAAAUGGUCUUAAAUUAAAUAGUUCUUGUUUGAGAUUAAUAUCUAUUGUUAUAUCUGGUAUUCCUAAAGUGUAAAAUUGUACUAUGUUCAGACCAUAUAUUUAAUUAUUCAAGAAUGAUAAACCAAUAUUUAAUUCUUUGACUGAUGGUGAAUUAAAAAAUUAUUAAUAAGGGGAUUUGAGUUGCAUUUUUGAUCUUAAAGGAAUCGAACUUUCAGAUGAUAUUUUAAUUAGAUGCAAACACUUUGAGAAUAACAAAACUAGAGUGGCUUUAUUCAGAGUGAUGUUUAAUUGUUCAUUUUUAUUUGACAAUGUUCUUAGAGUGUGGGAUAGAGAAUUAGAUAAGAGUCCAUAAAUGAAAACAGAAAAAGAUUUUUUUGUUGAUUUUAUUUUUGAAAGAGGAAAUUAGAAAUCAUUCUAAACUGCAGAUAGACCUUAAACUUUUAGUAAUGAUACCAAGUCAUCUAAUUAAUUAUUAUUAUAAAUUGUAUAGGAAUGCAAAGGAUUAGUAGUAAAAGAAAAACAUGUUAUUGAUGGAUUGGAAGUACAAGAAUAAUAACAAAAAACAAAAGAAGAAGUAUUCAGUUUAGGAAAUGAAACAGAGAAAAAAGAUAAUGAAGAUUCAGAUGAAAAGUUGCCAUAAUUAAAACAAUAAUAAAAUAAUAGAAGUCCACAAGACAACAUUCAGCCAUAAUAAUUAUUUACAGAAUAAGUUAAAAAUCCGCCUUAAUAGUAAUAAGAAUAGUCAGUAUCACCUAAAUAAUAAUAGUAAUAAGUAUAAUAGGAAUAAAAGGAAUAAAAGGAAACCCUCAAUUAAUAGUAAGUUAAAUAAAAAGAUAAUUUGUCUGACGAGAGUGAAGAUGAUGAUGAAUAAUUAGUUGCUAAAUUUGAACAAAAGAUCUAAACAAAAACAGGAGAUAGUGACGAAGAUUGUGAUGAUUUCUUAGAUAAUUUAAUUAAGUAAGGAGAUAAGCAAGAAUGA